AUGUCCCAACAAGAGCCCGCCACCCAGAACGGGGUCUCCCUCGCCACCUAUGAGUUCCCGACCCAACGCCUCAAGAAGGUGUUGAGCGACAGCAGCAGGACACCCUUGGUCCUCGUCGCUUGCGGCUCCUUCAGCCCGAUUACGUACCUGCACUUGCGCAUAUUCGAAAUGGCCCUUGACUGGGUCAGGUACAACACGGAAUUUGAAGUCGUUGGCGGGUACUUGUCGCCUGUCGGCGACGCCUAUAAGAAAGCCGGUUUGGCCUCGGCAGAACACCGUAUCAACAUGUGCAAUUUGGCAGUCGCAGACUCUUCAUGGAUUUCAGUCGACCAAUGGGAACCGUUGCACAAGGAGUACCUGCCCACCGCCAAAGUGCUGGAUCACUUUGACCACGAGCUGAACGAGGUCCGCGGUGGAAUCGAAGAUUACACUGGUCAGAAGAGGAAGGUCAGGGUUGCGCUGCUUGCUGGAGCCGAUUUGAUCCAGACCAUGUCUACGCCAAACCUCUGGGCCCCCAAGGAUCUGGACCACAUUUUGGGCCACUAUGGUGCAUUUAUUGUUGAGCGUGAAGGCACGGACAUUGAUGAUGCGCUUGCUAGUCUCCAGCAGUGGCGGGACAACAUCUAUGUGAUCCACCAAUUGGUGAAGAAUGAUGUCUCCAGCACAAGAAUUAGGCUUUUCUUGAAGAGAGACAUGUCCAUCCGCUACUUGGUACCCGAAGGAGUCAUCAAGUAUAUUGAGGCCAACCGCCUGUACAGCGAUGAAGGCGAGAAGAAGGAAGACAAUGGUAAGGUGGCAUCGGCCUCCAGCUCUUCAUAG